UCUGUCCAAAACAAAUAUUUUGCGCGGGGUUUGGAGGCCGUUAGUUGCACGAAAGUUUUCAUUUGGGAGAGAUAACUACUUGUAGAAGUUUCCAGACGUUAGUUUGUGUGAUGGAAUGGUGAGGUGUGUGUCUACCGAUUUCCCGUGUGAUGAUAUGUUGCUGAAUGUCGAAGUUUAGUCAGUAUUCUGUAGCAUAGUUGGAUUCAUCAUGGUACUGACGCUGGUGUGGAGCCUGUAUUCGUGUAGCAGUCCACCAUGAGCGGUCGAACGCCACUGUCACCAAGAACACCUCUACCUAACCCGUCCAGAAGGAGAAGUGCGUUUUCUCCUUCCUUUACAAGUAGUCCAGGAUGCUCGUCCACCCCGAGCACAAGCAAUGGGUGUGGGAGCAGCACAAGUCCUGCUCGUAGAGUGUUGUGGAGCAAAGGCAGUCCUGCACAAUCUUCAAAGUCGCUAAGCUCACCAAUAGCUAAACAAAGUUUUCACAUUCAUGAAGCAAGAUCUCGGAGACACUCACAAUCAUUCUCCAAGGAAAAUGAUUCGGAGAAGUCUAGUACGUUUUCUAAAAAUGCUAGUUCAACUGAUCCCUCUUGGAGUGUUAAAACUUUCUCUAGUACUGAAAGCAACGGAACUGUGACAGUUGAGCUGGAUUUUCCUCAUGGAGGUUGGGAUGAGAAUGAAGAAAGUUCUAAUGAGAGCUCAACUUGCAGUUUGGAAAUUGUGGAGUCUGAGGUCGAAUGCCAUCCUUCUCCUAUCCACCGAGGGAGGAAACGAAAACAAUCAGAGGUGUCUGAAGAAGACAAUGCUAUUUUGAGUGGUAUGGGUGAAGAAAUAGAACGUCAACUUGAAGCCAAAGCUGAAAGAAAUCGUCUAACUGUGCCUAAUGUCAAGAACAUCCUGAGAAGUGUUAUCACAAACCCAUAUGUUCAAGCAAUGGUUAGAAGAAGUAUCAAGUCUGGAGAUAUUGCAGUUUUGGGAGAUAUUGAUGUUUCUUUUGAACCUAGAAUGACUAGAGCCAAAGCAAAACUUCUAUGUGAUGAUGCAUCAAAAUCUGAUCUUUCAUGGGCAGGAACACCACACAAGUCACAAGUACCAUCAGAGUGUCAAGCUCUAAUUAGUGAAGAGUUAAAUGAUGACUCUGAGGAUGACGAGGAAUACCAGCCUGGUGAAGAUGAACAUAGCGACAAUGAUUACUCAGAGCGAGAUGGUUCUGAUAGAGGAUCUGAGCGAGAUAUGUCCAUCGAACAACAGUCUCCAGCUUUCUGUGAUACAGAUAGUGAAUCUCGUCCAGCAUCACCCAGCCCAUCCCCAAAGCCUCACAUUACUGACUCUGCAACCCAAACCAACUGGUCAGAGGAUGGGGUUUUUAAAGUACCAUUGCUGCCCCCUGAGCCUCAACUAGAAGAGGAAAAUAUUGCACUUCGAACUCGCUCAAAGCUGCCCUUAAAUGACACUCCUUUGGAAGAGAUUGAGCAGGCAUUUAUUCCUCCAGAUAUCACCCCUGACCUCUACAAUGUUACAUGUGAUAAUGAAGAUUGGCAAGAGUUCUUAAAGGAAUUCAUGCAGCCAAUGCGUUCAGAGCCAGAAGUACAGAACCCUGACGAUGAGGAUGAUCCAGAAUAUAAUGUUUUAGCUGAUGAAGAAAUAAUUGACAAGGAAGAGUUAAGAAAGGAUAGAGCAGUCAGAGUGUCAAAACGUGAAUUAAAUGAACUAAUGAGAGAGCUGUUGGAAUUCACAGAAACUUUGUCUAGUGAUGACGAGGAGAAAAAAGCUGAAAGUGGUGAUAAAGACCCCACACAACUUGGAAUUUGCAGCAGCAACAACAUUUUGAGUGGAAAUGAAGAUGUGUCCCUUUUUCUUGAUACCUACAUGUCUUUAGGGUCCAUCACUCCUAUGUCAGCUCUGAAAACAACUCCCCCAACUAGAAGCCCAAGUACUCCAACCUUGAACACACCUGUGCCACCCAUGAGUCCACCAGGUUUGAGAACACCAGAUACUGGAAAGAAAGUCUUUCCUAAUGAAGUCAACUCUGAGUCAGCUCAAAAUGGUUUCCUCAAUCAGAGCAGAGAAGAACGUUGUUACUCUUUGCCCAGCAAAGGAAAACCUGGCUCUUCUGGUAAGAAGCAGAACACAGGCCUUGGUAAUGGGAAGUUGAGCAGUUUUGCCAAACCAUCGUGCAGUAAUCACAGUGAAAAGGAGCAGAAUGCCUCUAGCUCUAGCUGUUGCCUUAACUCUGCUUCAACUAGUCAAUGUGUAGAAAGAGAGAGAUACACCCCAGGUAAACCAGAUAAUUACCCUGAGAAUCAAUUUAUUAAAACAUCAAAAAUGUCUUGCACACCUGGAAAACUUGAUAAUUUUCCCAACUCGAUUGGAGGAGUUGAAGAUGGGCAGUUUAUGUUCUUUACUCCGGGUAAACUUGAUCAGUACAUAGGUGAAUUCACCAACAAUGAGGAAAACAAUUUUGACAGUAUUGGAAUGAUUGGAUCAAAUACACCAGUUCGUGCUGUAGAGAAUAACAAUGAACAAGUAUUCUCCCCUGGAAAGCAAUAUUUUGAGAUGAGUUCGAGUUCUCAAUGGCAGGAUGAUUCCGCAGAUUUUUCCAGCCCCAUAUUGGAAAACCAGAAAACUGUUAAAAACUGGGUUGUAACUGACAGCCAGAGUGAAAGAUGUGACGCCUUAUCUGUUCAAGUAGAUGAGACUGCACUAGCAGAGGAUAGUGAUAGUGACCCUGAUGUAUCUGUCAGUUUGGCCUUGUCAAGUGAACCUCCAUCUCCUAGAGAAACUGAUUCUGAUUUUAAGUACAAGGGGGAUGCUUUCUUAUCUUCUGAAGGAGAUGUAGUCAUUGAUGGUCAAGUUGUAUUAAGUUCAGUUCAAAGGCUUGUGCUUGACCAGCAAAUGAGGCAACAUGUCCAGCUUAUGACUCAAACAUUCUUGCAAACUUUUCAACACCCUGUCCAUAGUCGACAUGCCCCAUCAUUAAAACAGAAAUUGGAUUAUUUAAAUGCGAUGGGGGAAAAAAGAAAGAAAUCUGCAUUCAAGCCUGCCAACCUUGCUCCAUCUUUAGAUUUAGUAAAUUGUUGGGAGCAAAAAUUGUCAUCUGAUGAGGGAUCUGAAGUAAUACAAUUUAUGAAGGACCAGGUUGCUCGGGCCACACGUUUAAAAGAAAGAAGGCAGAAAACCUCUUUGAAGUUUUCUCCCGAACUAUUAAAUUUGAUGGCUGAGAGUAAAUCUUUUGUCUAUCCACAACUUCUACCUCAUAGUCCAUUUAAAAUAUAUGAAAUCAAGAAACCAGAAAUUUUACACUCGGAAGAGCAGCUAAUGGCGUUAGGCCUGGAAGAAUUCACAGAAUAUAUCAAACAGAACAACCCUCAAACUAAAACUUGCAUUCAGAAGGCUCUUCACUACACUUCAGAGUAUCUUGUGGUUUCAAGAGAAGGGAAAACUAUGUGGAAUUAUUAUCGAAGAUUGAAAGGAGCAGAUGAGUCUCAGCCAUUGAAGCAUUAUGCAUUAUAUAAAUGUGCUCCACCAACGUCUCAUGUUGUCAUCCCAUUUAAUGAGAACAAGAUGGUUCCUCUCAAAAGUCAACCACACUAUAUUCUUCCAGAGUUGUGGAGGAACUUUGUCUACCCAUCAAGCCAAUGAACAAGUCCUAUUCUCUAACUAAGUUUUUAGGUAUAUAUAUUUAUUACUUCUGUGAUACAAAAUUAGCCUCUUUUAACAAUCUAUAUUAAAUAAAAUGAUCUUAUUAUUAGGAUUGUAUAAUGGAAUGCCAAAUACCGUUAAGUUGUAUUAUGUUGUGAUUGUGUGAGUGUUGACUGAGUCUUUAUUAGAUAAUUUUUAAGUUAUGGGAAUCUUCUCCCUUGUCAGUGGACAUCUUAACGUAAUGGCUGUGAGUUAGACUUUCUUCACCUAUAAGAAUAAAAGAGAAAUAUUUCUUGUAUUUUGAAGAUCAUAAUAUGUUUUAUUGUAGCUCAUUUCUCACAAUCGUUGAGAACAUGUGGUUCCUUUAAUGUGAAUAUGUAUUUUUAUUUUAGUAUAUUUUUCUACCUAUGGUGAAACAUUUCUUACUAAGGCAUGUCUUAGUAAGCCAUUAUACUCUUGUACUUACAGAAGCUUUGUAAAAAGCAAAGUUCUUGUUCCUGUCACCGCACGUGUUGUUUUUCAUUGUCGCUAAGAUAUUGAAAUAGACCAUAUAAAAACAAAUUAA